GGUCUUCCGCUCUGAGAGGGCUACUUCCGGAUUCGUUGGCGAUCGCUGUGGAAGAGGAUUCCGGAGCCGCUGGGCUGGUGGGCGUCCCGGGCUGCGGCCCGCGCUGGGCCCGCGAUGCUCGGGGGCCGCUCGGAAGAACGGGAUCGCGAGGCUGAGGACGACGGAGCGGGGGCUUUGCCGGCGCCGCCUGCAAUCGACUUCCCGACGGAGGGCUCGGAGCCCAAGUAUGAUGAAUCUGAUGUUCCAGCAGAGCUCCAGGUGUUGAAAGGACCCCAGCAGCAGCAGCCGACCUUCCCUUUUGCAGUUGCCAACCAGCUCCUGCUCGUUUCUCUGCUGGAGCACCUGAGCCACGUGCAUGAGCCAAACCCGCAUCGUUCAAGACAGGUGUUUCAAUUGCUUUGUCAGACCUUCAUCAAAAUGGGGCUGCUGUCUUCUUUCACCUGCAGCGACGAGUUCAGCUCGCUGAGACUCCAUCACAACAGGGCCAUCACUCAUCUGAUGAGGUCCGCUAGAGAGAGGGUGCGGCAGGAUCCCUGUGAUGAUAAUUCUCAUAUCCACAAGAUCAGGUCCAGGGAAGUGGCCUUCGAAGCACAGACUUCACGGUACUUGAAUGAGUUUGAAGAGCUCGCCAUCUUGGGAAAAGGCGGAUAUGGAAGAGUGUACAAGGUCAGGAAUAAAUUAGAUGGACAGUACUAUGCAAUUAAAAAAAUCCUGAUUAAGAGUGCAACUAAGACAGAUUGCAUGAAGGGCUUCCGCUGCCUGCUCCGGAACAAGUGGCGUUUGAUGCCACGAGCAUUUACAGACGGCCAGCGCACGUCCCAUCUGAGUGUGAUCCUCCCCCAGGUGCUGCGGGAAGUGAAGGUGCUGGCGGGCCUGCAGCACCCGAACAUUGUGGGCUACCACACUGCUUGGAUAGAACAUGUUCACGUGGCCCAGAAGCAAGCAGAUAGAAUUUCUAUCCAGUUGCCAUCUCUGAAGGUGAUCUCUGCGCAGGAGGAUGACAGAGAUCAAUACGAUGUUACAAAUGAUGAAAGUAACAGCUCAUCCAUCAUCUUCACCGAAGGCGACUCAGGAAAAGAAAAAUCCUUAGGAGAAUGUGGCUCUGAAAAUCAGAAUAACAAACUGGUGAACUACACCACCAAUGUGGUCACAAGGGACCCCAGUGAGUUCGACUCGUCCAUUGAGUUCCGAGAAAAUGGCUUGGCUCAGCUGUCUUCUGGAUCCAUUGCUGAGAACCAGCUGCCACUUAUGCUUAGCUCAAACGUAGGAGGGAACUUCACCUCCACUGAGGAGUCUUCCGAAGAAAACCUGAACUUGGUGGAACAGGCAGAGGUGCAGUACCACCUGAUGCUGCACAUCCAGAUGCAGCUGUGCGAGCUCUCGCUGUGGGACUGGAUAGUGCAGAGGAACACGCGGGCCCGGGAGUGUGUGGACGAGGCUGCGUGUCCUUAUGUUAUGGCCAGUGUCGCAACCAAGAUUUUCCAAGAGCUGGUGGAAGGCGUGUUUUACAUACACAACAUGGGGAUUGUGCACAGAGACCUGAAGCCCAGGAACAUCUUUCUGCACGGCCCCCAUCAGCAGGUGAAAAUAGGGGACUUCGGCCUGGCCUGCGCAGACAUCAUACGGAACACGGACUGGGCCGCCGGGAGUGGGGAGAGGGCGCCGGCACACACUUCCAGAGUGGGGACCUGCCUGUACGCGUCCCCCGAGCAGUUGGAAGGGUCCGAGUACGAUGCCCAGUCCGACAUGUACAGCCUGGGCGUGAUCCUCCUGGAGCUCUUCCAGCCGUUCGGGACGGAGAUGGAGCGGGCGCGGGUCCUGACCGGUGUGAGGGCUGGGCAGCUACCUGAGUCCCUCAGCAAGAGGUGUCCCGUGCAGGCCAAGUACAUCCGGCAGCUGACCAGGAGGAACGCGCCCCAGAGGCCGUCGGCGCUGCAGCUGCUGCAGAGCGAACUUUUCCAGGAUUCUGGAAGUGUUAACCUCACCCUGCAGAUGAAGAUACUAGAGCAAGAAAAAGAAAUUGAAGAACUGAAGAAGCAGCUCAGCCUCCUUUCUCAGGACAGAGGGGUUAAGGACGACACGAAAGAGGGUGACGUUCCCGUCUAGCUCAGUCAGGCUCUAGAGAUACGCAGGUGGGCUGCCGCUGGAUAAGCUCAAGUCAACUGGAAUGUACAGCUGUAGUCUUUGUUAGGGCACACAUAGACGGUGUACUACCGUACUUAGUUGCAGUCAGUAAGCUGGUCCUUGACUUUCUAAAGUGAGGUUGCUUCUCCCUGACGUAGCUCUUUCCUGAUCUAGCUUUUUGAACUUGACUGCCCCAAACUAACCCUAUUGUGCUCUUUCCCCUCUUGUCCCACAACCUCCUGUUCCUGGAUCGCCUAGAUUGCCCAGUCCCGCAGACUAGAUGUUUAGACAUCCUCCAUCCUUUUGAACUCUACUGACCACCAAACCCUCCUCUAGAAGCUGCUACUGCAGAAACUGGUGUUCUGUGUCCACCCCUCACUGCCCAGGUCCAGCCAGCGCUCGAGAGGGACUGGUGGUUCCGACAGGUGACGUCUGUCCUGACCCUGUCUCACAGGGCCAGUUAACUACCAGAGGGCAGCUCUGCUCAUGCCCUGGCGCAAAGGCCUCUGCUGCCUCCAAAACAGAACUUCACCUUCCUAGCCAUGUAUGUUGUCCAGCCUGUUUCUGUUAUCACCUCCCCCUUGGCAUCACUGCGCCCUUCCCAAGCUCUGUGCUGCCUGCCCCCGAGUGAUCUCAGAGCCGCCCCGGUGCCAGGGUUGCUGCCUCCGUCACCCGUCCUGUCCCCACGGCAUUUUCUCAGCAGCGACUCCUGCAUUCCUCAGAGGUGAUAUGUGUUGGUUUUAUACCCAAAGGGUGCCUGCCAUGUCGCUGGCAUGGUGUACUACACACAAUAUCACUCAAUUUUAAAAUAAAACGAAAACCACAAAUUACGUGGUGGUUUUAUUGGUACUUGA